CCGGCUGGCUGCCUUGGGGGGAGUUACGGACCCAGGACAGAAGCGGUGGCCUUGAAUAGAGCAAUGCACAGUCCCUCUGUGAGAUUGUGGAGCUGUGCCCAGACUGUAACACCAGGCUAAUGCCAGCUGGUAGUCCCUGCAACACAAGAGCUAUGUGGCAGGUGAAGGAUAUUUGAGGGGGCAGAAACUAAGCUGUGGGGAAGUCUUGUCUGGUGAAGGACUCGGCACGUAGGGCCCUGGAUUCUGCCAUGAAGAAAUACAAUCCCAGCUGGAUUUAGGAAGGCAGGAUGGUAUCGUCCCAGCUAGACACUGCGCAGGCACACAGAGGGUUAGUGCUCCGGUUCUGGAUAAAAAAAAAUCGGAGGCGUUCACCAACUUGGAAGAUCAUGGGACCGUGGAGUUUUAUGAUUUGUCUGAUGUUACGCAGAGGCACCAGCACGCCAAUAGGCAGAGCUUUUGCUCAACAAAGCCCGGUAUAAACACCCCCCCUGACGUCAGAACGGGGUGCAGUCACCGAAGAGAAGAGGAUCCAAGCAGACAGAAAGCCCUGAGAGAUCUCUUCCUUCUGCAAACUGAACAUCCCCUGCCUCUGGCCCACCUGCCAUGGCUCCAGCAAGCUGCAGACUGAGAGAGGAUUGCCCAGAAUGUGCCAUCACAGCUGGGGCACGGUCUCUGGUGUCUUUUGCUGAAUGCCUGAAGCGUGUCCCAGGGGGAACAGGAGUGCCUCAGGACAUGCAAAGACAUAUUGUCUGUGCCUCCGAGAAGCUGCAGACCACAGAGAAGAAGUCCAAAGAGCACCUGGAUACCUUGAAAGCCCAGAACAAGGAGCUACUGCUCCAGAUGAAAAGGCUGGAGGAUGAAAAGAGGAAGAAGGAAACAAACAUCAGUCAGAUGAACAUCAAGUUGGCAUCGGCUGAGAGGACAAUGGAGAAAGCCCAGAGCAUGGUGGACACAGCUGAGCAGCACCUUUACAAACUUAGGGAGCAGCUGAGGAAAGUGAAGCAGAAGGAGAAAUGUGAGACAAUCCUAAGGAACAUCAUCCUGGGGCUCUUGCUUAUUUACACUGUCAUCGUUUCCAUAGAAUACAUUAGAGAUGCCCUCAAACUGAGCCGGGAGAACCAGUCCGCCAUCUCACUGAGCGUCUUGGCUGCGAUUUGUCAGGCAUCUCUGUACAUGACUCAGAAAGCAGUGCAGGAGCUGGAGGCAUCCAUCCGUCGCUCAGAAGACAAGGCGUCUGAAUUCAAACAGGAAGUUUAUGCCUACAAGAAGCAGAAUGAAGAAAUCAGAGAGAAGAUCAACGAAGACAACAGCGCCCAUCAGAGAAUCAGUGAAGAGAUGGACCGUGGAAGAGAUAAGCUUUUGGAGGUGAACAAGGAAGAAGAAGAGGUGAGAAGAUACCACAGCCCCCUGAAUCGGCUGGUUAAGAUGGUCAACAGCAUCAAGAAUGUCUCAGACCAUGAUGAUAUCUGGGACAUUUUGAAAAUGGUUUCACAGUCCUUGAUGCAGCUGGGAAAGGAAGGAGCCACAAACUUCGGGUGCUCUGCUGAAGAAGAAAAAAACAACCAGGUGAGAAGGCUAAAAGGCAUCAUGGACAGUCCUUGGUAGGUGAUAGCCAUAGGGCCAGGCCUGCAAAUGCAAGGGGAAGUGACGCAAGCAUUCCAACAGCAUGAUUCCUGGAAGUCUUUCAAGGUCAAGGUCUAGGAUUGUCAGAAGAAAAGAAUUAAAGUAUCAGACCAUGGUCUAGAACCUGGAGGCCUUCAGUUUACUCAGCACAGCCACUUCUCCUAAUCUGCCACCUCCUCAGCUGAACUUUUGUGUAGACACAGGUGGUCAGAACCUGAUAUCUUAACCUAGCGCCCUGCCCACUCCCUGCAAGUGGUGUUGCCAGCCAGGGUCAGCCGACUCUAUCCCCCUUUCUUUAAAACCCCCUGACCCAGAAGUGGAAGUGCCUCAGCAAAAGGUUCAAUCUUGUGUUCAGGCUGUCUCACUUCUGGGUUGUGCUUCUACUUGCUCUGAUGGAUUUCCCAAACACCCAACUCAACAUGUCCACGGCCCCUGGGUUUGGCAUGACCCUUUAGCUCCCUAACCCAACUCUGUUUUGGUCUCCCUGGCUGGUCUCCUGACCUCACGCUCUUCCCAACUCUCUGCAUCUCUGAUUCAGUUCCCCAGAGAGAGCUUCUGGCUCCCCUACAUGAACUGUGCACUUUCCCCUCAGAUCUUAGUUGCUUCUUCUGACCCUGGGUGACCCUCAGACCUGGCUCCCCAUGACCCAGCAUGACAGAAAGACCUGAAAACCUCAUCUCCCAAGGGGUUCUCAUUGCCAUCAAGAGAAGAUAAACAGUCUACCAGAUACAUAAGCAUCAUAGAGAAAUCGGGCUAGAAGGGCACUAGGGGGUCCUCUAGGCCAGUGUUUCUCAACCCGUGGGUUGUGAGCCAAAAGUGGAUCACAAGAAUAUUUGAAAGGGUCAUGAGCAAGUCCCAUAAAGAUGUAGGAAAGCAUGGGUUUCCCCUUGCAGUCUGAUAGCAUUCCAGCCUGCAAGGAGCUGCUUCGGGCAAAUUGGAGGCAGUGGGCACAUGUCCAUCUGUGCAUACCCCGCCCCACACACACACACACACACACACACACACACACACACACACACACACACACACACACGGCUAGCAUGCAGCCAGUCAGUCGUGGGAACAGCCCCAGCACCUGAAUGCAGAUAAGUGCAUGGGGAGUGGGGGCUGGAGGUCCAAGAUUUGGGAGUUAUCUGGGGCGGGGGGGUGAGUGGAUGAGGCAGUGCAGGUGCCUGCUGGCACUGGGGGAAUGUGGUUGGGGGCCGACGCUGUGUCAGGGCAGGAAGCAGCAAGGAAGAAGGCACCUGCCUCUCCAGUGGGGGGAAAGGGGUCUUUCAGGGGUGGUGGGCUGCUGCAUGACACUGGGGCUGGUAACAAUACUCGCAGGGGCAAGGAGGCCGGGAGAUACUGCUCAGAGGGCAGGUGGGGCUGUGACCAGGCUGCUCAGUGUGGCACAGGAGCCCCAGCCCAGGGCAGGGAGGGUGCCACAGAACUCCACUCCUCCCUCCAGCCUGUGUCAAGGCUGAACUCACUCCACUGCCACCCACAUGAACCACAGCCACUGCAGCCACCAUGCUCUGAGUGGGACAGGGACAGUAGGGGAUCCCCUCUGGAAGGGCUGAGGAGGUAGGGGGCUGUGAUUUGGCAGUGAGAGGCACCAGCAUGGCCCAAGAGGGCAGGCGACCAUGGGUCAGGAGUGAAGGGCAUGGGCAGGGCCAGGGGGCUAUGGGUUGAGACUGGCCAUUGAUGUUUACAAAUGGGUCCUGGUACAAAAAAGGUUGAGAACCACUGCUCUAGGCAAGACCACCCCUAACUAAGCUAUCCCAACCAAGUGUCUAUCUAACCUACUCUUAAACUCCUCCAAGAGCAGAGAUUCCAGUUCAGCCCCUGCACGUCUUCUGGGAGAACUAAGAUUUUAAAAAAAUCAAUGCCUUUAAUACCACCAGAACAACGCACUUUUAGAAAUCUCUAUGCAGGGGGCACAUCUACACAUUUAUUGCUCAGUAACCAAAAUUACUACACAGUAUGGGCAUGUGUCUACAAGUCUAUGCCUGUCAUGCAGUAAAUAUAGUGACUUAUACCGAUCUGAGAGUAAAUUUGAUGCCCGCAUCAUUCAGGUAUCAAAUUUACUCCCAAUUAGUUACUACACAGUAAUGCACAUGUAGACACCUUACUGCAGAGUAACACUGUGUGUGUGAACUGACUUGGGACUAUCUUGUGUGCAGAGUAACACUGUGUGUGUAGACUGACUCAAAAUAGUCCCAAGUCAGUCCACACACAGUAUUAAUGCGCUUUAAUGCCCGCACAUAUAGACACCAGCCUAUUCCCACAUAUUGCGCAGAAAUUUACUGCGCAGUACGAGUAAGCUGGCGUAAAUGCAUAUAUAGACAUGCCCAAGGGGUAGCAAAGGCAACAGUAUUUUUACUGGGAGUAUGGGAAAGGAGUGCGGGAAAAAAAGACAGGAAAGAACUGGGCCCUCUUGAAGUAGUUGUUUGACUCCUCCAAGUUUGCAAUUGAUGUCAUCUAAAAUUUGCAGGGUUGGCUUAGUAACCUAAAGCAGGGGUGUCAAACGUACGGCCUGUGGGCCAGUUCCCGUUCAAGGAGCCACACAAUCUGGCCCACCAGGCUACUAGUUGGAGCCAUGACCAUGGCUGUGAGCUGCCACAGAAUCCACGGCCAUUGGGCCCCAGCAGGUGUGGUGAUCAGUGGCAGAAGGUUAAGUGAGGGCUGAUACAGCCCCAGUUGCCUUCUGGCUUCUUUGUAGGGCACAAACUACAGUGGCCCCAACAACUCAGCUGCUGGCCUACAUGCCCCAUGAUGGAGCUACAGCUGCUGCAUGCCCCAGGCUGUAUCGGGUCUGCAAGAAGCCCCGAAGUCCAGAUCCAGUCUGGGGUACAAGAUGAGUGUAAUACCCCUAGCUCAAAGAUUUUCAGGUUGCUUGGGUUGUUGUAGUUACAUUUAUAUUGCAUCAGUUUCUGCACAUUUUCUCUCAAGCAAUCAUAGCAGAUAUUCAAUCUUUGCCUGUGUCAUGUUUCCAUGUUAUCCUGACAGCCUAGCUAAUAAACAGAUUUUGCACACUAAA